AUGUUGCAGGUGAUCUACGUUACCCGCCAUGGGUUUCGAUCCAACUGGCUCGUCGAUCCGUCAAGCGGCAACUACACGACCUUCAUCAAGUCACCGACCGGUGGGGCCGCCGAUCCGGCCUUGACGGCCCAUGGCGUCGACCAAUCGAACGAGCUCGCCGUGAGGCUGCUGGCCGCGCACCCGCCCAUCGAGCGUGUCUAUUCGAGCCUCUACUACCGCUGCCUGCAGACUGUCGAGCCCUUUGUGCGCAAGGCGCAAGAGGCAGUGGUCCGAGACAGGCCGGUCUUGAGAAUCCGCGGAGAAACCGGGCUGGGCGAGUGGUACGGCUCAGCCGACUUUGAGCACCCCGUUCCUGCCGGCCUCGAGAAACUCGACUCGCUCUUCCCAGGCCUGCUCGAUCUGAGCUAUGAGCCGGCUGUAACGCCGAACCGCAUGGGUGAGAGCAUCGAUGAACUGCAUGCCCGUGUGGCGGCGACCCUGGAGGCGUUGAUCGCCCAGUGUGAUAGAGACGGCGUGCGUUCGAUCUUGCUGUGUUCCCAUGCCGCCGUCAUCAUCGCCCUGGGGCGUGUCCUGACGGGCCGAAUGCCCGCCACUGUCGAGACCCGGGAUUUCAAGUGCUUCACCUGCGGCCUGAGCCUGUACCGACGCCGGCGGAGUCCAGGGACGGAGACCCAAGGGAACAAUAGCAGCGCGAAGCAAGGCACAGCUGAAAUCGAUGCCGAUUGCCACCGUCAGGGUGGCCUUGUUCAAGACUGGAGUGGUGGUCAAGGGGUAUCAGGGGCUUGGAACUGCGAACUGAACAGCGAUUGUACCCAUCUGUCGCUGGGUGAGGAACGGGGCUGGGCCUUCUCUGGGGACGAGUCUUUCAAGGACAUGGCGACUGGCCAGAGCAUGCUGAACACCACCAUGGGGUUGGGGGUCGUUGUAGACGACAGGAGCAGGUUGUCCGGCCGCCAUGCGGAGGAUACCCGGGGCAAGCUUUAG